UUCCCAUCGCGACCAGCACCACCAACCACGAAACUAAGCUAGCCCCUUCCCUCUCGAUUUAAUCUGGCCAGCCGGCCGGCGACAUGUCCUCGGCUCCGCUGCUCGGCGCCGGCGAGCCCUUCGGCGAAUGCCGCGAGGCAAAGCGUCCCUCGCCGGCGUGGCUGCGCCGCUUGAUCGACACGGAGGAGGCCUGGGCGCAGCUACAGUUCGCGCUGCCGAUGGUCCUGACCAACAUGUCCUACUACGCCAUCCCGCUUGUGUCCGUGAUGUUCUCCGGCCACCUCGGCAACGUCCACCUCGCCGGCGCCACGCUCGGCAACUCCUGGGCCACCGUCACCGGCUACGCCUUUGUUACCGGCAUGAGCGGCGCCAUGGAGACGCUGUGUGGACAGGCCUAUGGUGCCCGGAUGUACCGCUUGCUGGGCUUGUACCUGCAGUCGUCGCUCAUCAUGUCAACGGUGGUGUCCGUACUCAUCUCCGUCGUCUGGCUGUUCACGGAGCCAAUUCUGUUGUUUCUGCAUCAAGAACCUGAGGUGUCCCACGCCGCCGCGGUGUUCAUCCGUUACCAGGUGCCCGGCCUGUUCGCCUACUCCUUCCUACAGUGUCUGCUGCGGUAUCUGCAGACACAGUCGAUUGUUGUGCCACUUGUUGUCUGCUCCAUGGUGCCGUUUGUGCUCCACAUCGCCGUGAACUACCUGCUAGUGAAUGUGGUCGGAUUGGGCCUCACCGGCGCUUCAUUGGCCAUCUCAGCCACGUUCUGGGUCUCGUGCCUGAUGUUGCUCGCAUACGUGAUGUGGUCCAAGGAGUUCGAUGAGACGUGGAAGGGCUUCUCCACCGACGCCUUCAACUAUGUGUUGCCGACAAUCAAGCUCGCCAUGCCCUCUGCCAUCAUGGUCUGCUUGGAGUACUGGGCUAUUGAGCUCCUCGUGCUGAUCGCCGGCCUACUGCCGAAUUCCACUGCAAGCACGUCGUUGAUUGCCAUAUGCGCAAGCACGCAGGCCAUUUCCUACAUGAUCACCUAUGGGUUCAGUGCCGCUGUGAGCACCAGGGUGUCAAAUGAGAUCGGGGCCGGUAACGUGGACAGAGCAAAGAAUGCGGUCAUGGUGACGAUGAAGCUGUCAGUGUUCCUUGCCCUCUCGUUUAUUCUGCUGCUGAUAGUCGGCCAUGACCUCUGGGCCAGCCUCUUCACGGAGAGCACGGUGAUUGUGGCAAAGUUUGCAGGCAUCACCCCACUCCUGACGAUCUCCAUCGUGCUGGACUCCGCGCAGGGCGUGUUGUCAGGGGUGGCACGGGGCUGUGGAUGGCAGCACCUGGCGGCGACGACGAACCUGGUGGCGUUCUACUUGGCCGGCAUGCCGGUGGCCAUCCUGUUGGCCUUCAAGCUCAACUUGUACACCCACGGUUUAUGGUUGGGCUUAAUCACGGGGCUGGCGUGCCAGACCAGCGUGAUGGUGCUGAUAACCCUCCGCACGAAAUGGUCCAAGCUAGUGGAUGCCAUGGUGAAAAAUCGGGAUGGCUAUGUCGCUUGAUCGAUACUUGCAUGUUAUUUCAAGAGGUAAUUUAUGAUCAGACGGUGGCUGUCCAUCUAUGGUACGGUAGAACCAUCCAUGGUGUGCGCCUGUACGGGUUUUUUUGUGAGGUGGCCUGUGCCGGUACGGGUUUUUGUGAGAUUGUGUACGUUGAGUUGAUUUCAGCUUGAAAUGGUUGAGGUUGUAAACGCCUGUCAUGGUAACCAAGCGGCAAGAGUUACAUAGAGAGAUACCCAAAGACUGGAUGUCAAUAGGUGUUGAGUAAUCCUCUUUUUGACUUUGACAUCCCCGCUUCGGUUGCUGCUUUUCCUUCUGUUACUUCGAAAGCAGCUGCUUCAGCUUGAGUUAUAAGAAUACUUUAUAUUUUUCUAUUUCUCAUCAAAUGA